AUGUCUAAUAAUCAAGAAGAAGACACAACCGAAGAAUUUCGACAACCUCCAGUUCCAAACCUCCAAAUGCAAGCGAUGUUAGGGGAGAUGAGGCGUAUGUUGAGGGCUGAAUUAGAACCUAUUCACGAAAGGUUGGACAGGGUAGAAGCGGAAACUCCUAGGGGCCAGCAACAUGACAUCCACAAUAGGCAGCAUGGUGGGCGUGGUCCGUGGCGGAAUGUUGAUGGAGAGGCGGAGUCGGAGGAGUUUGAUGAGCAAUAUUUGAACCGAGGCAGGAUUGAGCGUGGGUAUAGAAAUAGAGAAGCUAGGAUGGGUAGGCCUAGGAGGGAUAACGAUUUAGGAAAUAUAAAGAUUAAAAUCCCAUCUUUUCAAGGUAAAAAUGAUCCUGAAGUUUAUUUGGAGUGGGAAACUAAAAUGGAGAUGGUUUUUGAUUGUCACAACUACUCAGAGAUAAAGAAGGUUAAGUUGGCUGCAAUUGAAUUUACCGAUUAUGCCAUUGUGUGGUGGGAUCAAUUACUGAUUAAUAGGAGGAGGAAUAGAGAGCCACCCGUGGACACUUGGGAGGAAAUGAAAAUGCUUAUGAGGAAGCGUUUUGUACCCAGCCACUAUUAUAGGGGAUUGUAUCAAAAAUUACAGAGGUUAAUUCAAGGAUCUAAAAGUGUGGAUGAGUAUUACAAGGAGAUGGAGGUAGCUAUGAUCCGGGCAAAUGUAGAAGAGGACCGGGAAGCCACCAUGGCUAGGUUUUUGCACGGUUUAAAUCGUGAGAUUGCGGAUAUAGUCGAGAUGCAGCACUAUGUUGAGUUGACAGAUAUGGUGCAUCAAGCCAUAAAGGUGGAGGAACAAUUCAAACGAAAGGGAUUGGCUAGGAGGGGACUGCCUAUGGCUACAACCAGCUCGUGGAAAACAACUCCAAAAAGGGAUGAGCAGCAACAAAAUAAGCCAAAAUUUGAAUCCUCUAAGAAUGCCAACUUAAAGACCGCCACUACUUCAGGUACAAUCGAGACUUCAAGUUCUAAAACACGUGAUAUUAAAUGUUUUAAAUGUCAGGGGCGCGGACAUAUAGCCAGCCAGUGUGUAAACAAGAGGGUGAUGGUGAUAAAUGCCCAAGGAGAGAUUGAGUCAGAAAAUGAGGAAGAAGUAGAUAAUGAUGAUAUGCCAUCUAUGGAGGAUGCUGAUGAUGAGCAAAAUGCUGUGGUUGGAGAUUUAUUGGUUGCAAGGCGAGUUCUCAAUGUGCAGGAUAAGGAGGAAGAAAGUAACCAAAGGGAGAACUUGUUUCAUACUCGGUGCUUUGUAAAUAACAAAGUUUGCAGUGUCAUUAUCGAUGGUGGGAGUUGCACAAAUGUAGCCAGCACUUAUUUGGUGGAGAAAUUGGCUUUAACUACCUUGAAACAUCCUCAACCUUACCGGCUUCAGGGGUUGAAUGAAUGUGGGGAAAUCAAGGUGACAAGACAAGUGUUGGUGGCAUUAUCCAUUGGCAAAUAUGAGGAUGAGGUGCUUUGUGAUGUGGUUCCUAUGCACGCAUGCCAUUUACUGUUGGGAAGACCAUGGCAGUAUGAUCUGAGGGUUACGCAUGAUGGAUUCACAAAUAAGUAUUCCUUCACUCUUAAUAGGCAACCUAUUACUCUUGUGCCAUUAACUCCAAAACAGGAGGCUCUUUUAUGUACUAAUGAUCUCGUCGGUGCUUUGCCGAGCAAUAUUGUUUCUCUUUUGCAGGAGUUUGAAGAUGUCCUUCCUGAAGAGAGAGGAAUUGAGGUGGAUGAGGAAAAGGUGAAGGCAAUCCAAGAGUGGUCAACGCCUACAACAGUCAGCCAAGUGAGGAGUUUCCACGGCUUAGCUAGCUUCUAUAGACGGUUUGUGCGUGAUUUUAGUAGCUUAGCCGCCCCUCUUACUGAAGUCAUCAAGAAAAAUGUGCCGUUUAAGUGGGGAAAAGAACAAGAAAAGGCAUUUAGUCUGAUCAAAGAAAAGUUAACUAAUGCCCCUUUGCUUGUUUUACCUAACUUUGCUAAAACUUUUGAAAUUGAGUGUGAUGCUUCAGGCAUAGGUAUUGGAGCUGUUUUGAUGCAAGAAGGCCGUCCAAUUGCUUAUUUCAGUGAAAAGUUGAGUGGGGCAGCCCUAAAUUACCCUACUUAUGAUAAGGAGAUGUAUGCCUUGGUGAGGGCUUUGGAAAAUUGGCAACACUAUCUAUGGCCAAAGGAGUUUGUGAUUCACACAGAUCAUGAGUCUUUGAAGCAUUUGAAAGGACAGCAAAGGUUGAACAAACGCCAUGCCAAGUGGGUGGAAUUCAUUGAAACAUUUCCGUAUGUGAUCAGAUAUAAGCAAGGUAAGGAAAAUGUGGUGGCUGAUGCAUUGUCCCGAAGGCCCAUUUCGAAAGACCUGAGUUGUUGGGUAAGCGAGGUGUAUCCUGCGAAGAGUGCCUGCGCCUUACCGCCAGCUCCAGAUUGCAUAGGGGUCAUGAGCAAAGUUCGAUAUGAGCAGGAUCUCCAGAAAGCGGAACCAAUCGGGCCAUUGGAGCUUAUCAUUCUCAACUCAGAUCGACCAGAAAUCAAGGCAAGGAUUAGCAGGGAAAUGACAACUGAAGCCCAGAGUGCCAUGACACAACUUCUCGCUGAGUACCAGGACGUGUUUGCCUAG